AUGUCUUUUCGAUGUGCAGGCUGCCAUACACAUUUCUCUCUAAGGGGAUCGUACCUUCAACACCUCAGGAAGUCCUCCAAUGUACACUGCCAACGUGAGCACAAGAGACUUGACAAUUCGAUGCACUGCCCCAUACGCAGAGAUGCACCCCGGCCCUCGCACCACAGCACUUUGACACCUGAUGUCACACCAGAUCCUCAGCCCUUUAGCGGGGAUUAUUUUGGUAACGACUAUGGUGAAGAAGACUUUCCUGAUGUGAAUGAUGACAGACCCGUCCACAUUGAUGUUCACCAUGACAUGAAUGUGGCCGAGCAGGAUGAUAACGCACCAGAGACUGACAAUGAAGACACUGAAGUUGAUUUAAGCAUGGGGUGGGAGCCACCACGUAACCUAGAACGCAAUGUGCGGUCACCAACACCAGAGAUAUCCGAGUACACACACUACUCAGUUGAUGUGGAGGGAAGUGCGAAAAAUCCAUGGGCACCAUUUAAUUCUCAGAUAGAUUGGGAGGUUGCACAAUGGGCAAAAUUACGAGGUCCAGGAUCAACUGCAUUCACUGAUCUCUUGAUGAUUGAAGGUGUCUGUGGGGCACUUGGGCUGUCUUACAAGAACUCAGUCGAACUCAAUAAGAUCAUUGACACCAAAAUUCCUUCACGUCGACCUCGUUUUGUUCAUCACGAAGCCUGUGUAGCAGGUGAAACCUAUGAUCUAUUCUCGCGGGACAUAUUGGAAUGUGUUCGAGCUCUGUAUGGUGAUCCUGAGCAUGCACAAUACUUGUCUUUUGCACCGGAGAGACACUAUGCAGAUGCAGACAAGACUCAAUGUUUGUAUCAUGACUUGUGUACUGGUGAAUGGUGGUGGGCAACUCAAGAUGUUUUGGAACAAUCAAAACCGGGAGCCACGAUAAUCCCCAUCAUCAUCUCAUCGGACAAGACACAGAUCACGCUGUUCCGAAACAAAACUGCUUACCCAGUUUAUCUUACCAUUGGCAAUUUGCCGAAGAGCAUCCGACGUAAACCCUCCCGCCGAGGUCAAAUUCUCCUGGCAUAUCUGCCAACAACACGUCUCACACAAAUUACCAACAAAGCCUCACGGCGUCGUACCCUAGCCAACCUCUUUCAUGCAUGCAUGUCACGCAUUGUUGAGCCAUUGAAAUCAGCUGGUGUGGAUAGCAUGGUAUUGAUGAGUGGAGAUGUCACUGGCACCAUGAACAGAGAUUGUCCUGUCUGCACCUGUCCCCACAAUGAACUUGGUAAACACCCCUCUCAACACGAAUUGCAUGAUCUCGAUGCUAUUUUGGACACACUCGAACUUCUUGGAUCGCCGCUAUACACCCAAGCGUGUCAUGAUCUUCGCAUCAAGCCACUUCAGCAUCCCUUCUGGGAAGAUCUCCCAUACCUCAAUAUAUUCCAGUCUAUCACACCUGAUAUCCUGCAUCAGCUCUACCAAGGGGUAAUGAAACACAUGAUCGGCUGGGUUACCGAAAUCGUUGGAGCUGCCGAGAUAGAUGCACGGGUUCGUCGCCUUCCGCCCAAUCAUUCCAUGCGAAUUUUUCAGAAAGGUAUCACGACAUUAAGCCAUGUCAGUGGUGUGGAGCACAAGCAAAUGUCACGCUUUUUACUUGGCCUCGUCGUUGAUGUGCGGCUGCCUGGAAAUGCAUCUCCAGCAAGACUAGUGCGCGCCACUCGAUCUCUUCUAGAUUUCCUCUAUCUCGCCCAGUUCCCCGUUCACUCCAAUUCAUCAAUUGAUGCCCUUGAAACAACGCUGGAUGAAUUCCAUGCCAAUAAAGACAACUUCAACACGGAGGCAACUGAGAGGCUUCAUAUUGAUUUCGCGAAGGACGCUUAUGCUGCUACCAAUCACAAAGACGAGUUUUGGCAGAUGACGAAGUGGCUCAAACGAAAGGAGAAGGUUUUGCAGCAUGCAAAUUUUAUCAUGUGGCGCCGCAAUUUGAUUGCAACAAACUCGAAUAUCAUUGUCGCUUGUCCUGCCGAACAUUGGCAACCUCCUGAUCUCGCAUCCCUCUUUCACAUCAAGAUGACUCGUCAUCCAUCACGAAAGUUGGUUCCAUUCCAAGAAAUUACUUCUGCAUCCUCGUUUCGCGCUAUUCAUUUUGUUCCCGCACUUGCAAGAUUUAUUGUCCAAUAUAAUCACCCGACGCUAUCCUUCCAGCAAAUUGAAGAUCGCGCAACAAACAUUCAUUUGCCUUGUGACUCCGUACCCGUCUUUCACCGUAUCAAGUUCUGGAAUAAUGAGAUACACGCAACCGAAACACUUGACUCUAACGGCGAAGGUUGUGUAGUCAAAGCCGCUCGCUUUGACACAUGUCUCAUACAGGUGCGCAAUGUUGAUAUGCCUCCAGCAUCUAUCCAAGAUUUACGUGUUGCGCAGGUUCGCGUUGUCUUUUCUUUGCCUCAAACGGUGGUGAAGCGAUAUUUCAACCCUCAGAACCCCCCACCCCAACAUCUUGCCUAUGUGGAGUGGUUUUCGGCUUUCAGUCCUUUACCAGAUACGCACUCUGGGUUGUAUAAGGUCAGACGGCUGGUUCGUGAUGGUGAACGCCAAGUAUCAAUUGUACCGGUCUCUUUGAUUUCUCGAAGUGCUCACUUACUGCCUAAGUGGGGAGGAGCUGUUCCCGCAGAAUGGACGAGCUUAGAAGUUCUUGAUACAUGCGCCACAUUUUUUUUGAAUGUUUUCAAAGACAUGUAUACUUACUUUAAUGUAGGCUAA